AUGCCGUCGCCGAUACUCGUCGUUGCGGCGCUCUUCCUUGUUGCGGGACUUCUAGUCCAACGAUCCUUCGGCAAGCAGCAGCGCGUGCCCAAGGGUGCAAGGACUCCCUCUGGUCCACCAGGCAAACCCAUCGUCGGUAACCUCCUCGACAUCCCGCCCGUGCAAUCAUGGCUGCAGUUCAAAGCGUGGGCAGACACGUACGGGCCCAUCUUCCGGCUGAACAUCAUGGGCCGCAAUCACGUGGUGGUGUCGACGGAGAAAAUCGCCAAUGAGCUGCUUCGCGAACGCGGCAAUCUGUACUCGUCGCGCGAGCAGCUGCCAAUGGCGGCGAAGCUGAUGAGUCGCGAUCUGAGGCCGCUUUUGUUGCCGUAUGGUGAUCUCUGGCGUCGCGGCCGGAAACUGAUGCACGUGCUGACCAUGCCGACUGCUGCGACAUCAUACCAACCGCUGCAGGUCUAUGAGUCCGAACGUCUGCUGUUUGACUUGCUCCGGUCGCCGGAUGAGUAUGAGAAGCUCUUCGAGCGGUAUGCCGGUGCGGUGAUUAUCCGUUUGGCGUACGCCAAAACCAUCGAGACAGGAGACGAGCCAUACCUCCGCGAUGUCCUGAGCGUAGUGCAUACCGUUGAACGCGUCGCGUCGCCCGGCGCAUAUCUCGUCGACACCUUCCCCAGCCUGAUGUAUCUCCCGAGCUGGCUGGCGCCGUUCAAGCGCGAAGCGGCUCGAUUGCAUGACUUUGAAUUGACGCUGUUUCGUGGAUUGUUGGAUGAGGUGCGAGAGAAGGUCAACCAGGGAAAAGCGCCAAAAUGCUUCACCACCACGUUUCUCGACAAACAGGCCGAGUUCGGAUUGUCCGACAACGAAGGUGCAUAUGUCAUAGGGACUUUGUUUGAAGCGGGCGCCGGCACCACAGCGGCUGCGAUGCUCAGCUUUUGUCUCGCUAUGUGCCAUUAUCCUGAUUGGCAGGAUGAGUUGCACAAGGAGGUGGAUCGAGUUGUUGGUGAUGAGAGAAUGCCAUCGUUUGACGAUGUGCCCGACUUGCCGUUGGUGCGAGCUGUGGUCAAAGAGGUGCUGAGGUGGAGACCAGUCACUGCUGGUGGAGUGCCGCAUGAGUUGAUUAAGGAUGAUGUCUAUGAUGGACUAUUUUUCCCGGCUGGAACUAAUGUUCAUGCCAAUCAAUGGUCCGUUUCGUUUGCGCUGACACUGCUGAAGGGGUUUCAAUUGGGGCAUGAGCUGACUUUUCGCAGGGCAAUCCACCGCGACUCGGAACUUUAUCCAGAUCCUGAAUCCUUUAACCCAUCACGAUGGCUGAAACCUGAAUUUCCGACUUAUCGAGAACCAUUGGACAAAUAUCCCAACAUUCAGAACUUCUCAGCCUUCGGGUUCGGCCGUCGCAUUUGUCCUGGAAUGAACAUUGCCGAGAGGUCUUUGAAUCUCCUAGUCGCAAGGAUGGCGUGGGCAACGAAAAUCUCCAAGAGACCAGGUGUUGAUGUACCGUGGUAUGAUUAUACAUCCGGAUUCAAUGUGCAGCCUAAGAAAUUUGCGUUCGACUUGAAGGCGAGAACUCCAUCGAAGGCGAAAAUUGUAGAGCAUACCUGGUUGGAGGGGAAAGCCAGAGAUCCACUUGCUGGAUCUUAG